AUGCUGGCAGGCACGCCUGCGCAUGUUUGGCGCAUCAUCCUUAUGGAAGGCAUGGAGCGGUUCUCGUACUACGGUUUUCGAGCAAUCCUCACUCUCUAUUUCGUCAGCCUAGACAUGCGCGAGAGCAGCGCGGCGGCUGGCUUCAUGUUCACCUCGGCGCUCGCCUACGCCGCGCCGUUGGUCGGCGCUUGGCUGUCGGACGAGCGCUGGGGCCGUUACGCGACGAUCAUGCGCUUCGGCAGCGUCUACGCCGUCGGCCUGUGGGUCCUCGUGGCCGCGGCCGCCGUGGCGUCGCUUCCCUGGACGAUCGUAGCCCUGGUGUUCGUCGGCUUGGGUACGGGUGGCAUCAAGCCCUGCGUGUCCACGUUCGGUGCGGAUCAAAUCGACAACGCGAUCGGCGACGCGAGCGAGGCGACGCGGCGGUACUUCGCCGUGUUCUACGCGUCCAUAAACCUCGGCUCGGUCUUCUCGUACCUCCUCGUCCCGGCCAUGCGGGCCAUUUUUGGCUACGCUGCUGCGUUCGCCGUGCCCGCGGUCCUCCUCGCGGCGGCCCUCGCCGUUUUUAUUGGAGGGCGGCGCAAAUACACGAUGCUGCCGCCGCGCGAGGGCGGCGUCGGCGUGCCGGCGGCCAUCUGGCGCGCGUGCGCGUGGCGCGUGCCGGACGACGACGACGCCCGGGAGCUGCGGUCGAUUGGCGAGGUGAUGGUCCUGCUGCCCGUGUUCUGGAUGCUCUACGACCAGCAAGGGAGCAUCUGGGUCGUCCAGGCGUCGGAGAUGAAGAACUUCAAGGGCAAACUACAACCGGAGACGAUGGGCGUCAUCAACCCCGUCCUCAUCCUGCUGCUCCUGCCGCUCUUCGAAAAGGUUAUAUAUCCGGCAUUGGAAAGACGGGGCGUCAGCACGCGCGCGCCAUGGCGCAUGAUGGCCGGCAUGAUUGUCGCGGCGGCCGCGUUCGUCGUCGCUGGUCUCCUGGACCUGAGGGUGAACAGCGGGCAGCGCGUGAACAUCCUCUGGCAGCUUCCGCAGCUCUUUCUCAUCACUGUCGCCGAGAUCCUGGUGAGCGUGACCGGGCUCGAGUACUCGUACGAGAAAGCACCCGAAGCGAUGCGCGCAUCCGUCUCGGCGCUCUACCUCUUAACGACGGCAGUAGGUGACCUGAUGGGCGGUUUUCUCUUCGUCGCCGCGGGCCAUCUAGGCGUGAGCCGACCCGCGGUCCUCUUCCUCUGCGCCGUACUUGUUCUGCUCACGGCCAUCGCGUUCCGCUUCGUCGCGCGGAAGCACUUCGACGGUUUUGAAACAAAACCAGUGCAGACCGAGGAGGACCCCGCGGAGGAGCUCCAGGCCGUCGAGAACGUGCUCCUCCGAGGCUAG